AUGGCUUCCGAGGAGAAAUCAUCGCGGCCACGGAUUGGGAUCUCAGCGCUGUCACUCGUUCUCAAGGAGGACGCAGCUGGAUCUGUAUCUCACGAAGCGGAUAUCGAGCAGACUAUUCCUCUGCGACCCUGCACAGAUGCUGAAGUGGAGGCGAGGGAGCGGCAGCGCUGGGGCAGAAUGGUGCAGGAAGGUUUUUUUCACCAGAGUCUUCAUUUUCAGCGAUGGGACGAGGAGGCACUUUCGCGGGGAUCGCUGUACCGCACCCGCACUGUGGCGGCUCACAUGACGGUGCGACCCACAACCACGGCGGCACUGGUGUUGAGCCUCAACAUCAGCCCGCUUCUUUGGUCCGGCGAGAAUGAGAAUGAGCGGCGAGAAGAGGCGUCACCCAAAGCUUCGCGUCUGUACGCGUGGCGAGCACCCGCUCUUCUGCCAGGUGACAAGUUAAACAUUUUGAGCCAACUUGGUCAACAGCUUGAAAAUCAGUAUAGAUCCCUCUCCAAGAGGACAUUGAUGGUAAGCCAUUGCCUUAAUGCAGGGCCAGGGGACUUUAUGCGGGCGUUGGCUCAAUGCCGUCAUCAGGCAGGCUCAAAAAGCAGGGUUCUUGUGCACUAUGGAGGUCAUGGGGUACCGCGGCCGAGCGGGGGAUCCUUGUACCUUCAGUCUCCAAGUGGGGAAGCGGUAAAGUACUCCCUGGACACAUUUUGUUCUCAGGUUGGAUUUCCGCUGAUCAUGGUGGCAGAGUGUGAGAACGCUGUAAGUGUGCUGCGCCGCCUUUUGGAAAAUCGACAAAAGGGAGAUGGCAAUCAUUCCUUUAGCUACCGACAGUAUGGACCGAGCAUUGGUGUAUCCGCGUUGGAGGAGCCUGAGCGUCCAUACUUGAUGGUGCCAAGCUUGGAUCGAUAUGAAGCGGCUUCUGUUUCUGGCAUGGAAGGCACCACCGCGGCGACGCCCUCUUCGAGUGCGGCAUUCUUAUCUACUCUGCGUUGCUUGGGCUCUGCUGCAGCGUCAUCCACGCCCCCGUUGCUGUUCGACGACUUUUUUUUUCUUGGAGUCUCCGAGGAUGGUGCCCUCCCGCAACACCCCAAACUGCCGUCUGAUAUUCUUACCUCCUGCCUAACGACACCGGUGCGUAUGGCGCUAUUGUGGUUUAUUGUGGAGAAUGCCCAGACGGCGGAUGUCCAUCCUCUCUUGAUGUAUCUGCUUCCAGGUGACUUGAACGACAAGAAAACUCCACUUGGUGUACUUCAUUGGGCCUUCAUGUCAAUCACAGAGUGCAUUGCAUGGUCUACCUUUCCUCAUACCUUAUUUAUGCAUCUUUUUCGUGGGGAUGUGGUGGUUGCACCUUUGUUUCGUGGGUUUCUGUUGGCGGACCGCAUUAUUACCGCGUUGGGGGCAAAGGUGACUGUCUACCCUCCCUUACCACGCACAAGCGACCACACGUUGUGGGAUACACUGGAUAAUGUUGUUGAUCGCACCUUCGUUUCACUUUGGCGAGCGGUUCGUCCAACGCCGCCGCCGGUGUUAAACGCCUUGGAGUUUCGUGAGUGGUUGGACUGGAACGCAACGCGUUGGCAGUACGAAAAAGGCUCUAUGACGUUGCCGUCCUUGGGUGAUUGUCGCGUCGUUGUACCAGACUUUCUUGGGGAGGAGUUUUCCUGCUUGGCCGCCGCGGUAGAACGCAUUACGGAGCAAGGUUUCUCUCGACUCGUAGGCGUCGAUCAGCAACAACCCGAGCCCCUUGGAGGCUCGGUCACUUCCAGGGGACGAUCUCGCACGGAAGAUGACGGUCCUCUGUUGUUUCUCCGGGUGAAUACUACCCCUGAGUAUGGGAGCAAUUCUAUUGUGACGAAACCCUUCCCUCACAUUGUGCGGUUGCCUAUGCUGCUGCAAGGGUUAUUGGUGAUGUCGCACCGUGAAGAAGCCACCGAACUGGUGUGCCGCUUCGUGGAUGCCGGUCCCUUAGCUGUCACGGCCUGCGCAGAGGUAGGGAUCUUUCACAUGGCACUCGUGCAUUACUGGACUCGUAAAGACUUGCGUCAUCUGCUACCAGCCAUGUUAUUUGUUUACGCCAAAGCGUGUCACACGGAUCCCUUGUUGGGGGACGCGAACACGACGCAGCGCAACGUAAUUAUUGACACCUGCAUAGAAAUUCUGGAGCACCCUCUGAAGGUUCCUGCCGGGUCCACAGGGGAGGCUGGUGCGUGGCAGUGCGACGUUCUUGGGCCUUGGGCAGAAGCACGCGGUCAGGAGUUGCUCGCGGCGGCGCUGCUCACCAUGCUUUGCCUUCACUCUAGAGGAGCCCGACGUCGCUGUCGAGAGCGUGACGCCCUCCGUGUGUGUUGUAAACUCCUACAGGAUGCGGCUGCAAAAGCCCCAUGCGUCCGGCCAAGCGAGCAUAAGUCUGAGGUGGCGAGGGCGGGGGGUGGAGACAGGGGGAGCGUCUGGGACGCUUGCGCUCCUGAUGAGCCGGACAGCAAUCCGCUGCUGAUGACGACACACCUGCUGGGUCUCAUCGCCUUUUUAGUGGCCAUCACCUGGGAGGGGGCUCUUUCUGUCGUGGGGGCCGAUGAAACGGAAGAGGCCCCUCAGCAGCAACUGCAGCAAGAGUCGCAUGAUGCAUUGGCUUUGCGGGAACAUCUCCCCACUGCCAUUAACGCCUUGCAGGCAUUGUUGCUAGCAAAUUCCUCGGCGGUACGUGGAACAGCUAUUAAGGCCAUCACAGUGGUGUUGCUGUCUCACCUCACGGAUGAUGAAACCGCGAUCAUGUGCGUGCGCAGCAUCACUGGCAUGGCCACGGUGGAAAAGACGCCCUUUGAGGCCAACACAGAUAACCGUCUUGAGCUUGUUGGUGCUUUGUCCGUAGCCAUUAAGUGGUUAAUCAGUCAUCUCUCCUUUUUGCUCCCACUGGGGGAGAUACGGCGAAAGGUGCGACAGGAGCUGACCAAAAUGUGGCGCACAGUCUUUGGCUCCCUGACCCAUGAAGUUGGCGAGGACGAUGCGGGUGGUUUUGGCCCCGAUGCUCGCCACGGCUCGCCCUCGUCCCCAGCCGAGUCCGGCUUGGCCGCCUCCACCCUCAACAGUGUGGAUGAGCUGCUGCGCAUGCUGGCAAAACUCACCUGCCGCCUCGCCGUUUCGACAAUAGACCCAUGCCCCCUGGUUGCAGCCCACGCCCAAAAGGUGCUUAGGGAUGAACUUUCCAUGUUCCACGUGCAGCAUGUGCCGUUUUUGCAAACCUUAGACAAUGCCCCAUGCGGGCGUGCUGACGCAGCCGGCGCCUCCCGCAAUUCCGUGAUUGCAAGCUUUUUCUCAGGUGUGUUGAACACGCUGACGUCGCGUGGAGGGGAUCCGACCCCUCGAGACGGCUGUCAAGGCGGUCAAGUGCUACCAGGUGUGGAGACCGAAAACAAGUUAGAGGAGACGCUGGAAGCGGGCGGUGCCUUGGGCAGAAGUACAGCCGUGUCGGACGUUAACAUCUCGCUGCAUACCGUUUCUGUGCACAACAACUUGGCGAUCUCCUCCUUCGUUUUUACGCUGCUUUCGUUUCUUGGGGAGCUGCUGCUGGUGCCCAUGGAUGACCAUGAUCCCAGACACCCCUUUAACCUUGAGAAGGACGCCUACCUGCUCAAGUAUCUGCGACGACUACGCGACGAAUUACGUGUGUCGGCGUCCCCCAGCUACGGUCCUCGUGGGUACGAGGGCCAUGUCGUCGCCUUCCCGUGGUUUCUACCUCUCCCGUCGCACUGGAGCCAUCCGUUGAGUCCUCCCGUGCCAUCUCAAGAGGAUGAUACACGAGGCCACUCUCUCUCACUUCUCCCCCUUGUGACCUUGUCAACGAAUGUUGGUGUUGACCCCGCGACGGUGUGGCCGACAGAUCGUCAACCUCCCUUCCAGCUUCUGGCGGAGAUGUCCACGCUAGUUGAGCGCAAUGGUCGUAUUCAGGUAUUGACAUUUCACCCCACGGAGCGGCACUUUAUAACGGGAACAAGCCAGGGAGUUAUUCAGGUCUGGUCUUUUGCGGGACUGGAGGGUGUAUCUUUGGCGUCGUCAACCACCUCCUCCUCUGGUCCCUCGCCAGCGUCGAGUGAGCCUUGCCGGCUGGUCGCGCAGAUUCAACUUUCAGGGGUGGUGGCACGGCCGGGAUGCGCCAUGCCCCCCUCGACAGUUUUGAGGUACAUGUACGGCACGCAGCCGGCAUCGCCGCACUGUGCUAGUCAGUCAGGGUUGUCUGGCGAAGAGUUGAUGACUGGCAGCGUUAGUAGAGCCCCCGAUACAACGGCGCCACGGCGAAGGGGACUACUGGGGCCAAACGAUUAUGGGGGACCUGGGGCCAAGGGGGCUGAUCCACUCACUGGGCUGCACCUGGUUGACUCCGCCUACCGCACAUUGCUCUGCGCCGUGGGCCGCUCAGGCUCUGUGCAACUUUUCUCAGCAUACACCGAUGCGGCAACCAUACGGCGCGUCACCACCUUUCUGACCAUGACUCACGAAGAGUCUCUUCGGAGUCAUCAGUGCCUUUCUUCGUACCACGCGCCAGCAAUGCUGCUGCACUUGAGCAGCGCCGAUGGAUCCAUUACCUCAUGGGACCUAAACUGUGAGCAGCGAGUUUUGGAAGGAGCUGGACGCGCUGAACUUUUGGAUUCACUGUCUGCUCUUGCUUCACACCCCUACGACGUCUUUACAUUGGCUGUGGGUGCAGGCUCUGUCUACCUUUAUGACCUGCGGCAUCCGACUCGUUCCACCCAUGUAUUGCCAGAUCCCACAUCGCUGGGGCAACCCCUCCAACAGCAGAAGCGGCGUUUGUGUGACCACAAACCCUUGUGCCUGCACAUUGGAUUUUCCUGUCGCUAUCCGCACGGUCUGGUGACAGGGCACGGUGGAGAACGGGGGGUUGUGAUGAUGUGGGAUGAUCGAAAGUUGCAACAGCCUCUCUUUCAGAGAGUGGUGUCUGACACCGGGGGUGCUGGCUCCUCGUUCCAUUCUGUAAACUACAUGGACGUGCAGCACUAUCACUACUCUCUCACGACCUUGUCGGUAACAGCCGAUGCUCUUUUUGUGGAGGAUGCCUUGGCCUCUCCAUCCUUGCCUCUCUCAGGAGCAGGAGGCAGGAACUCGAGUCAAACGCGCAUACGCCUCAAGCAGCAGCCUGCUGCGGCCUUGUUUCAUCCCGUUCUCCCACUGUGUGGUGUGGUGGGUGGGGGUUCCUUACAAUUGUACGGUAGCAAAAAGAUGUCGAUGCCCGAUCGACACGCCUAG